CAGAGCGAAUGUAUCCUUCACUUUUUAUGAAACCAACACCUUUAGAAUAUACGAUUUCAAUGUUUUUCUAAGUAUUGAAACCAGUUUAAAGACAUUUGCAUAGGAAACCUCUUUGGAAGCAUCCAUUAACCGAAUAAUACAUGAAUGCCAAUGCCGGGUGUGAAAAUGGAUGUCGUCAAGUCGAUUUUUUAAUUUGGGAACUUUAGUUGCAGUUUAUAACAAUGCAUACUCACACAUGGACAACUCUGGGAAUUCUUGCAUUUGUCAUAAUUACGAUAUCAGCGGAAACAUGCUCAAAGUACAACUACCACGUGCCGAGAAACUUAGACGGAAAUAUCUAUGAACAAUAUUGCUCAGAUAUUUGCAUUCAAUCGUAUCCAAAAUUCGAAAGCGUGUGUAGGGACGAUCCUAUUAUAGGAAAUGUUAGGACAAAAUGCUCAGAUUACAUCAAGUGCCUCUAUCCUAAAAAUCCAGACUCUCAGGAUGUAAAUUACAAAGUCAUCGUCCCAAUCAUUGUGAUAGCCACGCUCCUUAUUGUUUCCCUCCCUAUAUUGUACACCAUUUACAAAAAUAGGACCAGUGCACUUCCGUGCGUAUUUGUUGCAGCACAGACGCAAUCUCCGCCUCAAUCACACAAUGGGGCGCAGGCUGAGGAAAAGGAACGAGAAUUGCUCCAUGUCGCCGGGAGAAACGCUAGUCAGGACGGGGAUGACAAUCGUAAUGUCCACGUUGUAUGAUGAUGAGAGAGACUAACUUCAUUCAACAUAUACUUCAUAACAGAUUUUUAGCGAAACACAACGGACCAAUCCAUAUUUGAUAUCUUUACACUUAUUGAUAUUUUUCUAUUUUCCAAUGGAACGACAGAACACGCUUCUGGGUCUAACCAAGAACACUGCAGGGAAAAAAUGUGGGCCGCUUGUGCAGGAAAUAGGUUUAAAUUUGGAAAGGUGAUUGGUUAUGUAAAACUGUUUUUAAGUUUGAUAACGAUAGCAAUAAAUUCGCCCAUCACACUGAAACCAAAAUUGAAACAGGUUUCGAAACCGAGGUCUAGUAUACCUGUUAAAGUAUAAGCAAACAAAGUUCUAUGAAUAGGUAGUAAACAACAGUGAAAUGUUAGUAUCAGGUCAUCAUGACCCACGUACAGCACUUGAACAAAAUGGUUGCAAACGGAGAUAAGCGGAUACAAACAUCGGGCACCGUAAUCAAUUACAC